GCUGGCUUUUUCAGGGGCUGCUCGCUCGCAGCCAGAGAAGCUGCUUUUUUUUCCGGGUUCGGAGCCGUUCCGGAUGCUUUAGGCUGCCGGAUGUCUGAUCUCCGAAUAACUGAGGCGUUUCUGUACAUGGAUUAUCUGUGUUUUAGAGCACUUUGCUGCAAGGGACCACCACCCGCACGACCUGAGUAUGACCUGGUUUGCAUAGGCCUCACAGGUUCUGGCAAGACCAGUCUGUUGUCAAAGCUCUGCAGUGAAAGUCCCGAGAACGUCGUGUUGACCACAGGUUUCAGUAUAAAAGCAGUGCCCUUCCAGAAUGCCAUCUUGAAUGUAAAGGAACUUGGAGGGGCUGAUAAUAUCCGGAAAUAUUGGAGCCGCUACUACCAAGGAUCUCAAGGGGUAAUAUUUGUAUUAGACAGUGCCUCUUCAGAAGAUGAUUUAGAAACUGCUAGGAAUGAACUGCACUCAGCUCUCCAGCACCCACAGUUAUGCACUUUACCCUUUUUAAUAUUGGCCAAUCAUCAAGACAAGCCAGCUGCUCGAUCAGUCCAAGAGGUCAAAAAAUAUUUUGAACUUGAACCACUUGCACGUGGAAAACGCUGGAUUCUGCAGCCCUGCUCUCUGGAUGACAUGGAUGCACUGAAAGACAGCUUCUCUCAGCUGAUAAAUUUGUUAGAAGAAAAAGACCAUGAAGCUGUAAGAAUGUGAAAUCUGGCAAAGAACACGGGUUCCCAAAGGCCUUGAACCUAUCGUGUCCAUCCUUAAGAACGGGAGUGCUCUGUAAAAGAAAAAGAGUGAGAAAGAAAAAUAAAAAAGAUAGAUGGAUGGAAGAAGAGAGAGAAAGAAAAAGAAAAAAAAAGUACAUGAUAGAAGAGGAAAAAUUCAAACCCCAGCUCAUGCUGCAUUAUCCCAACACAUCCUUUGACUACCCACAACCCUUCACUUCUCAGCUGGGAUUCAACCUGGCAUUCCUAGUUCCGUUUGCAAGGUAGGCGAUUAGUGGUUAUCAAGUUCCGAAGCAUCUCAGACCUAUCCAAGCAAAUGUGGACAGAACUAUAAAAUUUUGAAGCAAAUGGGUUUUCUUAAUGUCCAGAUGGGAUAUUCAGACUCGAGUGGAAAUCUCAUAGAUUCAUGCCUGGCUUCAUCCUCUUUAUAAUUUUAGAGUGCAUUUUCAUUAACCUUCUGACCUACUGGUGCAAACAGAAAGGAAAAAGUAUGUGGAGGGGGACGGGGAAGUGGGAGUUGCCCUUUGGGAGCCCUCAUUUUCAUUGAGUUUGGGAGGGAGGAUCUGUCUUUGUUAUGCAGAAACUUCAGGAGAAUAUAGAUUCCCUGCCUCUCUUUUCCCCUACCCUAGGUUCUGGAGAUCUGAAGUCCGUGCUGUGAAAUGCAUUAUCACAUCAUGUUGGGAAUUCCUGGCUCCCAAGGGUUCACAACUUUUGGCCCCCUCUGAGUCAGCAUGAUUAAAUGAUUUGCAUCUCGGGGCUAAAUGUUUUCCAACUCAGAUGCACCGAGUGACUGAUGAGCCGGCACCCUACGCCACCCCACCCCCUUGCUCUGAUUUAGGAACAUGAAAAGGAGCCCGUGUAAUUCCCAGAAGCCUCAGAUGAGAUACCCGUUUCUCCUCCCCUUUCCCAUUCUCUUUAAAUUAAAACCUGAAUGAGAAACCUACGGUUUCAUCCAAGCUGGAAAUUCUGACUUCUCAUCCUGGGGGGGGGGUCAUCUGUUUGUGACAAACUCUUCAUAAAGUGACUUUCUGUGAAACCAAAGAAGUUAAAAGUCACUAAGAAGAAUCUCUCCAGCAUAUGCCUUGACUAGCAUCCUUCUUUAAUUACAACAAGGUGAAGUAAAAAGUCCGUGAUUUUUCUUUCCGAUUUUCUGUAUAUCCCCAUGUUGCCUUCCAUCUCUGCUUUCUUGGCAUGCUCUGCUCGCCAGAUGCUGGUUUGGAAAAGCCACCUAUGCUGUUCUUGGGCUUCUUGCCCCCACCCUUUCAUGUUCCCCUCAGAUCAGAUGGGAGUUGCCAUGGGACACUAUGAAUAAUACUUUUUAUAAGGAAAUACUUCAACCUUUGUGGUUUAAAGCAGCCUCGCUUACCAUAAAUAGUGUUGUGAGGUCACUGGUGCCCUGUUCGGAGAAUAAGGAAAGGGACUCCUCAGUUUUGUGCCUUGCUAGGUUCAGCCUGGCUUGUGGCGCAUUGCGACUCCGGACACCUCACUGCUCUAGCAGACGUUUCUACGGACCAACCUGGGAACGGCCAUCAAAUAGCACUUAAAGGAUCUUCCGGCAAACUACAAAGAAUGAUUCAUUCUUUUUUCCCCUUUUCUUAUUCGACAAUCUCUCCCUCUAAUUCUGAUGCCCUCAAAAUAUUCCACACACAUGUUUCAGCCCGGUUCGUUCUAGGGGCAACCCUCCAACCGUGGAGGUCCUUUGGCAGUGUUGUCCCCAGAGAGGAAAGCCUGGCUCGAGUGCAUGAGAACAGCGCGCACACUGGCAGUGAAAAUAAGCCUUUUAAUAAGCAUCGCGGUCCCCAGUGUCCCUUAUUUCCCUAUUUCCUCGUGGGGUAUUCCUCGUGGGAGGUGGGCAAGUUGGUCGUUUCAAACAAGCCUCAGAUUCCUUACAUCCCAGGCAACCCUUCCUUGUAGGUGUGAAAUUCGGCCUAAAAUGCCACAACCUCCUCUGACAAGUGAUUCAUUGAGACAAAGGCUGGAGCUCCAGCAUCAAACAGAUGUCAGACAAAACACCAAAUGCCUAUAAAUGAUUGCUCUGCAGGCAGUGGAAUGGCUGGAAGGCCUGGCCUGAUGAUGCACUCCAUGUCUGGACAAGCUUGCAGAAGACACAGCGGUGGGGAGGGGGCAGGGGAGCUGUGUGUAAAUGGAGUCUGUGAAGAAGGCUGUUUCUGGAGACAGAAGUGAAACUACUACGAGUCUCACCUAAGAGGCUCAUGUAGACAAGAAUGAUUUCUGGCUGGUUUGUGCAUAAUAGAUGUAAAGGUCAAUUAGAAAAAUGCAUGUCAAGGGCACCCUGCAGGCCAGACCGGUAUGAUACGAUGUUAAAUCAUUAGACAUAUAAAUAUCAGAGUAAAUUAAAAAUGAGAAGAUUUGGUUGGAACGGAAACUGCUCAGCGAAAGGCAGAGACAGGAAUGCAAACAGUGAGUCUGGCUGUCAUUCUCUAUAAUCUGGAGCAAGUCAGUCUCGGCUCUGGCCUUCUCCACUUGUUUUACAACUUUCUAGACACUGGGUGGAUCAACCCAACGCUUUUAUUAAGCAGCUUCAACAGGAUUCUUUCAGACGACAGCUUGUCAAGAGUCAACUUAACCACUGUCCCUUUAACAGGUUUUAUGUCACAGUUGGAACUUUUGGUUUCAAUAAAUUUAAGGGAUUCGAUGAAACUCCCUGGUAUGUUUUUGUUGAACACCUACUCUGUACCAGGCAUCAUAUUAGAUUCUUGGGAUACAGCAGUAAAUAGGACAGACUUGGUCCCUGCCUUUGUAGGGCUUUAAUUCCUAGAACAUUGGUUAAGCUGGGUUAUUUCUACGACCCUAGAGAAUUUUUGUAUUUGGGGGGGCUUUGGUAAUGUUAACAUUGCAAUGUGAAUCUCUAGAUUUUUAAAUGUCUUUUCUUGGUCCUAAUUCUUGGUUUUCAGCCCUCCUAAUUUAAAAUGGUCUUUGAAUGUGAUUUAGUCUCUUUUGAGACCAUUAAUAAAACUAGAAAUCU